AUGACUUCCGCACCCACACCCCAAACGACUCCCGCAACCAGCUCCGCCAAAUCAAGACCUACAAACGAGGCAUACUAUGACUUCCAUUCAACGCCAUGGCACAAAGACGUUACCGAUGCUCAAACAUGGAUGCUUGCGAGCGAAGUACGUGCGCAACUCGAAACCCUACCCGCGUCGGGCCGCUAUCCGUCGGUCUUCCACAACAUAGAAGGACUCAUCGAUCACCAUGGACAAAUUCUCCACCAUCCACUUAUUCCAGGUCAACAAACUGCAUAUGCAAACGACGGCGAACCGGGGGGUAUCCGAGUCUUCUAUUACCAAGAAGGGGGCAAACAAGAACACCUUGUCGGUUACCAUAUCGACGAAAAGAAGUUUGCUUUAGCAAAAUUCGUAGAGGCGGCGCCAUAA